AUGAAUUCUAGUUAUUACGGUCCUUACGGACAACAACAACAACAACCUCAUCCUACUCCAACUCCUUUCGGCCAACCACCUCUCUACAAUGCCAAUAAUAAUAAUCCAAUGAUGAUGAGUGGUGUUGGUGGUAAUAAUAAUACUAGCGGCAUGUAUCCCAAUAAUAACAUUCCGAUGGGAUCCAACAACACUCAAAGACCAAAUUCUGCAAAUAACAAUAAUAAUAAUUCUUUGAGAAGCAACAACCAACCACCCAUGAGAACCUCCACAACCUCUACUCCACCAUCAUCCAAUCAAAGACCUCCAAUGGUAGGUCAACAACCGUAUCAACCACCACAACAGCCACCCAAUUUUCCAACGCAAACUCAUCUUCCAACCACUUCCACAGUGGUUCUUCCACAAGUGCCAGGUAGCUAUGGCCAACCUGUAUUGAUCAUUCCAUCAACAACACCUACCCAACAGCCUCAGCCAACAUCAACGACAUUGCCAUCCUCUCAUCAACAGAAUGAGGCCAUUCAUAUGCUUGUUCAAACAGUUCAACAGCAUUUGGAACAAACCAAGCAAUGGAAAUUGGCAAUUGAUGAACAAAUUCAAUAUAUGGAUUUGAAAUUGUCUGCAAUUUUGGAUUUUGUCAAGAAACAAGAUCCAUCUGCUGUGAGAGAAUUGGAGAAUUAUGAAAGAAUGAAAAACAAGAAUUCAUCUGUAAAUAACUCUCAAACCAAUCUCAAUACCAAUGCUGUUGGUAACAACAAUAAUACCACCGUUCCUCCAAGUCAGCCGCCACAACAAAACUCACAACAAAAUUCACAACUGAUGAACACAAGUCAGUUGAAUACCAAUUUAAAUGCUUCAAUCAACAAUGGAUAUUCGGCCUACACUGGCUUUUCAAACAUUCCAAGCCAGAAUUCAAAUAUUCCAAAUAACCAAUCUCAAUAUCAACCUUCUCAAGCAAUGGUCUCUCCACAACGUGACACCAUGGUAAAUAAGGAGACAGAAAAGAAUAAGGCGUUCGUUAUGAGCAACGACAACAAUCCACCUUCGUAUGCUAAACCACCCACUAAUUUUAAUCCACCUUCUUACACUGAAUACAAUCAAUAUCCAAAAACUCCUUCCCAAAAUUACUCUCAACCAAAUCAAGUUAUACCACCAACAAGCAGCUUGGAUCUUGAAUUAGACGAACUUGAUCGAGAAUUAUCACGACCUACGUUCUCUCAAAACAAGGAACCCAACAAAGAUUUUGAAAGCGAUGUUCAACUUAUUUGUAAUUUAGGAUUUUCUGAAGAAACAGCAAGAAAUGCAAUGAUGAGAUGUGGAAAUAGAGCAGCUGCCAUUAAUUACUUGUUAGACAUUAACACUCAACAUUAA